UGAGCGCAGAGCUGGGGGCUUCCAGGAGAUGGGAAGCCGCUCAGAAGGCCCAGAGCGUGAGCAGGACGGCAUGCAUCACGGAGCUUGUGGCGCGGACUGUGGUUGGUAGACGCAGAGGACCUAAGGCUGGGAGCUAGUGGUGGUCAGCAUAGCCCUCUGUGGUCUGCAGAGCCUGCUGGUGCUGUAUGUGAGGACAGCUCUGCAGGGUCCAGUGGUCCAUCUCCCAUGUCUGAAGCUAUUUCCUGUGGAGAGUUCUAGAGCUCCCUUCUGCUUCCACGUGGAUUCCAGGUGCCCCGCACCUACCUGAAGGGCAUGGGAGCCCCACGUGUUCCCAGAAGGACGGUGCUCUUUCAGCGGGAGAGGACAGGCCUGACCUACCGUGUGCCUGCGUUGCUCUGUGUGCCUCCCAGGCCGACAUUGCUGGCUUUCGCCGAACAGCGACUUAGCCCCGAUGACUCCCAUGCUCACCGCCUGGUGCUGCGGAGGGGCACACUGGCCAGGGGCUCAGUGAGGUGGGGCACCCUGACUGUGCUGGAGACUGCGGUGCUGGAGGAGCACAGGUCCAUGAACCCUUGCCCGGUACUGGACGAACACUCCGGGACCAUCUUUCUCUUCUUCAUUGCCGUGCUGGGCCACACGCCAGAGGCCGUGCAGAUUGCCACUGGCAAGAACGCUGCUCGACUCUGCUGUGUGACCAGCUGUGACGCAGGCCUGACCUGGGGUAGUGUGCGAGACCUUACUGAGGAGGCCAUUGGUGCAGCAUUGCAGGACUGGGCCACCUUUGCUGUGGGUCCAGGCCACGGAGUCCAGCUGCGCUCAGGUCGCCUGCUUGUUCCUGCUUACACCUAUCACGUGGACCGUCGGGAGUGUUUUGGCAGGAUCUGCUGGACCAGUCCCCACUCCCUGGCUUUUUACAGUGAUGACCACGGGAUCUCCUGGCACUGUGGAGGCCUUGUGCCCAACCUGCGCUCUGGAGAGUGCCAAUUGGCUGCGGUGGAUGGAGACUUCCUCUACUGCAAUGCCAGGAGCCCUCUAGGAAACCGGGUGCAGGCACUGAGCGCUGAUGAAGGAACCUCUUUCCUACCAGGGGAGCUGGUGCCUACACUGGCUGAAACUGCCCGUGGUUGCCAGGGUAGCAUUGUGGGCUUCCCAGCCCCACCCUCCAGCAGGCCUCAGGAGGACCGGUGGCCAGUGGGUCUUGGGAAAACCCCACAGUCCCCAUCCUUCUAUCUUAGAGCACAGGAGUCUUCAGGGGAAGGUGUUGGGGUUUCUGUUGAGGGUUGGGUUCCCAGAGGGCCAUUCGGCUACCCACAGUCUUGGGGCCCAGUGAAACACGGCCGAGAACGUGGGUCAGGUGGAGAUAAGACAUCCUGGACCCCAGAACUCCCCAUGUCCUCUGCUUCCCCGCUUCAGAGUCCCACAUGGCUGCUGUAUUCCCACCCAUCAGGGCGUAGAGCUCGGCUCCACAUGGGAAUUUACCUGAGCCGGUCCCCCUUGGAUCCCCAUAGCUGGUCAGAGCCCUGGGUGAUCUAUGAGGGCCCCAGUGGCUACUCUGACCUGGCGUUCCUUGGGCCUGUGCCUGGGGCAUCCCUGGCCUUUGCCUGUUUGUUUGAGAGUGGGUCGAGGGCCUCCUACGAAGAUAUCUCUUUUUGUUUGUUCUCAUUGGGUGAUGUUCUGGAGAAUGUGCCCACUGGCCUAGAGAGACACAAUUUGAGGGACAAGCCUCAGGGGCAUUGCUGGCCCUCUUGAGGGCCUGGCCCUCGGGCAGGUUCCUGGGGAGGAAGUGUAAAGUGUAUAGAGGAAGCCAGGGGCAGGUCAGCAUGACCCUGGGAUGGACAGUCUCUUCCUCACUGCUGCUGGGGGCCGAGUCACUGGGGAGCUGGCUGCAGUCUGUGAGUGAGAAAUAAAAGGAUUGUGCUGUG